CGAUUUCUCUCCUUGACGAAGCUUAGACUUUGCAACGAUCACGAAGCGCGAAAAAAAGAAAGCUACACUCUCCACCCAAAGAAUUCGCAAUCAUGGCCAAGCAACCUUCAACCCUCAGCCAGGUCCUCCCUCUCCUCAUUGUCUUCGCCCUUCUAGGCGUCGGUGGUUGGGUCGGCUACCAGGUCUACAUCAGCGUCACCAAGAUACAGGACGCCGCGUCGGAGCGCAUGGGCAAGAAGAACGUCGUCUUCACAAAGGACGGCGUCAAGGUCGGAGUCAAGCAGAUCAAGACGGAGAACUACGUCGACGCCACCCAGAGCUGGGUCGUCAAGGCCUGGAACCUGGGCACCACCGGGGGCAAAGACGAUCAGAGUAAGAAGCAAAAGUGAGGAUCGAUCGUUUUAUACCACUUAUACCAUUUCCACCCACGAUGCGAAUAUUCCAUACGAAAAUCACGGCAUCUCGAUCCAACACAGUAACGACGGGGAUUCAAUGGAUGUCAAGGAACAGUUCCGGCAAUCUAAUCUGUCAGAUAUCCGAGUACGGGACUAAUACGACGGACGGUGGAGUCGUUUGGGAAUAACUGCAAAUGCUUUUCAACACAUCGGGUGCUGGGCUGGGCUUCGUCCCGCGGGUUUUUGUUCGAUAUGCUUUUUUCACAUGUACAAUCAUGGCCGGCCGAGAAUCGACAACAGUACAUUUGACGACCAAUUUGACGAUUCAUGUGCACGAUUU